GGUGGGGGAGGAUCAGGAGGAGGCACGGGUGGAGGGUGUCUGUGGUCGUGUGUGUGGCUGCAGCUUCCUCCCUUUUCACCCUUUUUCCUGCCCCUCAGACGCCUGCAAUGGCCCUCUUCGCCCUAUCAUCCAUCGUGGACCUCUCGGACGACGUGCUGCUGCUUAUAUUCUCCUCCCUGAAGUCCUGGGACCUCCUGAACCUGUCGCGGACAUGUGAGCGCUUCAACAAGGUAGCAAGUGAUAAAUCCUUGUGGGUGGAUGUUGAUUUCAGCGACGGCUGCCUGUCACUGCAGCAGGCACGCCAGUGUUUGGUGUUCCUGCGACCCAACACACGGAGGCUGGUGUUGCGCGGUCACAAGAAAAAGUAUGCAGGCACCCCCAAGUGGAAGACUCCACUUAUCAGUGCCAACCUACUUAAGCUCAUUGGGGAGAGAUGUCCCCACCUGGAAGAACUAACCAUCAAGGAGGCCUUUGUCAGUGCCAACAAGGUCAAGAUGGCUGACUUUUCACCAGUCCAGUCCAUCACCAAGCUUUCCCUGAUAGACUGUGAGUUUGUAAACCUUCCCUCAUUCUCCAAGGACGCCUCCUACUUCAAGAGGAUGCACAAGAUCCUGCCAUGUCUUGAAGUGCUGGAGAUCACCAAGUGUGGGUGGGUGGAUGACUAUGAUGUGAUGGUGCUGAGCAAAGCCGAGCUGGUCCGUCGACUGGUACUGAGAAACCUUCCCCGAGUGGGUCAGGCCAUGGUCUAUAUUGCUCUUGGCUUCCGCUUUGGUUUCCAGAAUCUUGAGGAGCUGGACAUGCGGGGAACCAGUCUGGAGGACGGUGAGGUUUUGUCAGUAGUGCAGAAUGGCAAGCUACGUGCAUUGUACCUGGGGCCACUAGGGCCAGUCAAGCGGCCACAGAAGGAUCCUCUGGCCAGUCGUAACCUCAUAAUGCCAGACCCGCGGCAGCAGGAGGAGCGGCAACAGGUGGUGGUGAUCAAUGUAGGUCCUAAUGGCCCUCAGUGGCGGCAGGUGAACGAUGAGGAGCUGGACGACAUGGGUCUGGAUUGGGUGAGGAACGCUCGGGCGGCCCAGCGACGGCAAGACCGUGAACUGGACGAUGACCGGCAUUACUUCAUCGACAAGGAUGGCCGGCCCAUCGAGGAGGAGGAAGAGGAUGGAUGUAGCAGUGGUAGUAGCAGCAGCAUGGCCCCCCAGGAGCGUGCAGGCAAGCGGCGACUCCUGCCACACCGAGGUGAACCCUCAGCCAAGCAGAUUCGGCCGUGGAAUGACAACUACUGCCACAAGGACUCUCCAACCAACUCUGACCCAGAGGACGGCACUCUGAAGGAAGACGAGGAGGAUCGGGAGGAGGGUGAAGAGGAUGAGGAGGUGGAGGACUUUGGGCCCUACUGUCUUGACCCUGAGGAUGACCCAAGCGAGGCAGCCCCACAAGAGCCCCCACCAACCCCUGAUGAGUGCCUCUCCGACAAGCUGGUACCGGCAUUUGGCAAAAAGACGCAGCACCUUCACACGCUGGUGCUGGCCGGGUGUGCCAUCACAGACCGUGGCCUCCAGGAUAUCGUGCGUCUAGUGCCCUCCUUGCGGUUCCUUGACCUGACCAACACUCGGGUCACCGGUGGGGCCCUGCAGGAGGCCAGGGUUGCUAGACCUGACUGUGUUAUUCUGGGUGGCAGCACAAGACCCCCACGGCCCAACAAGAGCAGAUGAUGCCGACCACAGGGUACUAUGAGAACCCGGAACUGAUCAGGUGUUCUCACUGCCAAGCAAAGUUCCUCAGGUAUUCAGGAGACACCACUGGCCUCCCCCAACACGGUAGCUACAUCUUUGUGAUUGGCUGGUGUGCCACUUGUUUGCUGGCCUAAAGACAAUGCCACAGGGUCUAGGACAGCCAGAAACACCAAUCUGUUUCUAUGUUCACUGUGUCAUUCAAUUCCAGAGUUUGCCUCUUUGUGGAAGGAUGAACUCAAGGCCGUGGUGGUGCUUUGCCUCGCUCGCUCUUAGUGGCUUGUCAGAGGGAGUUUAAUGUUGACCUGUGGAUGAUUAAGUCAUUUGGUGUGUGUGUGUGUGUGUGUGUGUGAUGAAUAAUUAAAGUAGGAUGGAUAAUGGUUAAAUAAGUUUAAAUGGCCUGUUGUAUUUAUAUUUUUACAUGUUUAUAUAAUUUUUGUCAUGAAAAACAUUGAUUUUGUUGUACCAUUUUUAAACUUGAGCCUUAGAAGGCCUCAUUGUCUCCCAUUGCAAUAGGAAACAUGAACUACAGUCUGCAGCGGCCUGCACCCAAUGGUUUGCCCUUCCACCGUCAAGGGUUGCCCAAGGACUAAGAUUUGUAUGAGGUGAAGCAAAUUUUUUGACAUGGUUAAGUAGCAUUCACUUAAGGUUUAGUAGUUCAAACAGACUUUGAAAAGCUCAUCACCAAACUGAAUCUCUUCUGAUUGUUUUCACUUAAAAGAGAGUGUGUGUGUGUGUGUGUGUGUGUGUGUGUGUGUGUGUGUGUGUGUGUGUGUGUGUGUGUGUGUGUGUGUGUGCACUCACAUGUAUGCCUCCAUGAUGGACCGCCUCCACCCCUUGCCUGGCUUGGCUGGUAUGGCUGGUGGGGGCAGCAGUGGUGGCAGGACACUCUCACUUCUGUUACUGGUGUUGCUGUACUGGUCACUCUCCUCCAACUUUCUCAACAACACAAAAGGCUGCUUGAAAACACACUCCCUGGCACCUGCUUCAUCAUCUCCACCCCCACCACUCACCCUACUCAGCCAGGUACUUUCUAACUCUGUACCUGCACCCUCUUCCCUUGUGGUCUGCUUGGAGGUCUCAAGACUCAAUUCUUUGGCCUCCAUCCCCACUGCUCCUGCUGGGUGCUGGCUGCUACUAUGGAAUGCUAGGUGCCUGCUGGGGGAGGUGUCUGGGUGCUGGGUGUCAAAUGGUGGGUGGCUGAGGGACACUCCAGCUGAGGAAUUGACUGAGGAGAUGGUGGUGCUCUGGGAGGAGUUUGGACGAUAGAAAAUGAACUGGUUGUUUCUUCUUCUCCCCCUCGGUUGGAACUUGACUAGAGAGGAAGAGAAGUUUGAGAGAAAACUGCAUGGAUGGUUCUUCUUGGUCUACCUUCCUUGACUUUCUGGUGAUGUUGCUUUCCUGUGACUUGUGAAUUAGACUGGACAACCUUGUGGAUCUCUUUGUACCUGAAAUUCCAGCAGGGUUUAGUUUCCUUGAUAAUCUCAUUGACCUCUUGGGUAGGGGUGGCAGGUCACUGAGGCCUCUGUUGCCACCCUUUGAGAUCGCACUUGUCCUCCUUGUCUGUCUCAGUGGUUGGGUGUCCUCUGCAACUGACAACUCUUCCAGUGGAGGGAGUGAGCCCAUGGUGGACUCCUUGUCAUAAUCAGUGUCUAAAGUACUCUCUGUUUUCUGUGCUGCCAACGCCUUGGACUUCUUCCCUGAUACGUUCCCUUUGUUUCCACUCCUGCGCUUGAGUCCCUUCUCCGCAGACUUGACAUUUUGGUCUUGUGUAGUCUCAAGGUGACUCUGGUCAGUGUUGUGCGAUGAAUCAGACAGUUGACCCAGGAAUCUUGACCUGCUCCUUGUGACUGUUGGGGAGAACCUCUUAGCCACCCAGGAGGGGGCCUUUCUCUCCCUCUGAGUGACCUUGGAGCUCUUCUUUGCGGAAAAGUUGUUGGAACACUUUACUAUCCUUUUGACACCCUUCUGAGGUCUGGUUAGGUUUUUAAUGACAGGUGACACUUCGCUGGUAUCCAGUCUGAGUAGGUUGGCUUUGAGCCUGAGUCUUGCAAGGGACCGUCCUGCUGCUGGGGAGGAGUGUCUUCCUGUGGAGGAGAAUCAAAGAUGAGAGUGGGGAUCCUUGCACCUUUGAAAGGCCCAUGUAUGAUCUGUAUUGAGCCGUUGUAGUAGCUUGGCAACCUGCUCCCUCUAUCACCAGUCUGCCCUGUCACAAAUUCAUGGCUUGAUGUGCUGGAAUUGACUUCUUGGCCAAGUCUUUCAGAGGAGGUGCAAGUCUCGUACUUGCUGGGGAGGGUGGGACUUCCCCGAAGUUCUCCUGGUAACUGCUCCCUGCUGACUUCCACUGGCAAGGAAGGACUUGGGAACACUAAGCUGUUGUCUGUCACCAUGUCCUCUUCCCUGGGCACUGGAGACAGCUUCAUCUCCAAGGAGGGGGAGGCUGAGGCACUCCACUGUGUGCCCCUCCAGGAGGUAGUAAGUAGCCUGCUGUCCUCUGUUGGUGUGCUGGUGUGGAUGCUGCUCUUGCUCUGUGUGUGUGUGUGUGUGUGUGUGUGUGUGUGUGUGUGUGUGUGUGUGUGUGUGUGUGUGUGUGUGUGCACUCACAUGUAUGCCUCCAUGUUCCGGUGCAUGUGUCUGGGGUAACCUGUGUCUUGAGGGCCGGGCACCGGCUGCCCAGUGUUGGGGUGCGCCUCGUUGCCUUGCUGUCCCUGAAGUGCACACACAGGAUGCAGUACAAGGAGUCGAGUCACUGCCGAGAAAUGCAGUGCUCACACAAACGGGUGAUGUAGAGGCCGUGCAAAGCGUAGGAAUUCCUCCUCACCGAGAAUGUUUUAAGGAAAUCAUUGUAUUUUAUUAUCUUGAUAUGUCAUCAAGUAUGUAUAUGUAUAUUAUUUAUCUGUGAAGCACAGAAAACAUGAGUGUGUGCAUUAUGUUUGUAGUGAGUGCAUUGGUGUGUUGGGGCAGACUGCCUGAGCCACACCCACCCAUCACCAAGUGAUUGUCUGCAUCAUGAUUGAUGCUUCCUGUGUGAAACUGCCAUGUGGGUAGAAUUGCCUAGAAUGUGUCUGCUGCUCCCUGAGUCACCCCUCCAGGCACUCGUGGUUGGGAACUGAUGCUAAGCAGCUCAGUUGGACAGCAGUUAGUCAUGCAGAAGCAUAUGAGUGUGGCACUGAGUGGGUGAAAUGUUUUAACUAUGCAGCAGAGCCUUCCUAGGUCAACUCCUCUCAGGGUGAGAAUUUCUUGGUCAGGGUCAGCUGGUAAACACAUUUUACUUGAACAUACACGGGACAGCAAAUACUAUAAAGAUACUGCUCUUGGCCACCUUACCCAAAUCAAUGGUAGUAAUUGAUUUAGGAUAAAAUCAUAGUGGAUGAAAGAUACUUAAAAGCAUCAUGAAAUGCAGUAAAAUGCAGUGAACUACACAAAUGCAUUAGAUAAGCAUUUGUGGAGGCCAGUGUAGAAUGAAGCACAUGAAUGGAAUACACAACACCAGAUUUGUGUUAGUGAAGGCCAAUGUGUAGUAGUCACAGAAGUAAACCAUACAGGAAAUGGCUCAUGUCCUCUGCAACCAUUGUAGCUUCAUAUUGGAAACUUCCAUAUGGUGGAUAGAAAUGUUAUUUGCAUAAAGCUUGCACAGAUGAUAUGCCAGGUUGUCAAUCAGUGAAACUUGUGCACAGGUACAGAUAGUAAAUAUUAAGUUGUGUGUGAUGGGACCAGUUUGUGAUGGCAUUCAGCUCAUAUGCAAGUGUUGGAGUUUGUGCUCUCUCUACUACUACUAGAAACACCAAACUGUUGAUACUCAGCAGUCGAGCAAUAGUGAUAGGAGUGUAGAAAUUAUGGGAGUAGUAUUAGGUGUAGCAAUAGUGGUAUGUUAAUAGUAUGAAAUAUCUCCUGUCAGUUGAUAUUAUUCUUGCUUUUUGACCACUGAUAAGGUAAAUUAUAUAGGCAGAAGCACAGUGCUAGUGGUGAUGGCUUAGGGGGGCUCUGCAUAGGCAUACAUAUAUACCUAUAUAUAUUAUGUAGCAUUUGUAAUUACUGUGGUUAAUUGUAGCAGCAGAGCUCUUGUGGCAAAGCUGAAGGGAGGUGUUGAGAGCAUCAAGGCUUCAGGAUCUGGCCAUGAGCUUGGUAGUGAAUGAGUGAUAAAACCCUCGCUUCCACUGUUGUCAUCACAAGUCUACAGUAGGGUGGCCAUCUUCCUGCAAUGACUUAGGGCCACAGUAAUUUAGCCUUGGGGUCUCUACUGCCUAUAAAAGAGGGGGAUACUGGGACUUGAUUUGUCCUCAUAUACAUUGAAGUGUCUUCAUAUUGGCUUAGACUAGGGUUAUUUCUGGAGCUGUCGGGAAUUAAGAUUGUCUCACAGGAGUGUAUCUCCACAGAUGUGAUGUUUUGGGUGAGAGAAGAUGUCUGUAGUGUUGGCUCAUAGGUUCACAUACUAAUUUGUCCUUCAGUAAUGUCUUGGUAUAAAUCAUGUGACUCCAUGCUAGAUUGUCAUAUGUUAUUCUAUCUAUUUAUCGUACCUUCCUGUAACUUGCCUAACAGAAAUUGGUCGCAGCAAAGUGUCUAGCUCUGUUCCAAGAUCAAUCCCUUCUUCCCCCAACGUUCUCUCAUUAAUUCCUCUGCUCUUACCAGUCUUCCAGUUACCCUGUACUUUUAUCUAAUUCUUUCACUUGACAUAUUACUUUCUGUUCAUUACACUCCUCCCACACACAGCACCUUUAUCUCUCAUACUGAACUAAUUCCAGAUAUGUGCACCUCACACUUACAUUUCCAUUGCUCUUGUCCUUCCAUCUUUUUGGCUUGUAUGCUCUUUUCUAGCACCUCAGUAUAGCUAUGCAUACCCUCACAUCCCUAAUUCCACAACCCUAUUUUUGAUGAGUAAGAAGACAGUAAAUUUAUACCCCUGUAACUACUGUAUUCAUUCUUACUUUUCCUUUGAACAGUUGUGAUUUUCCUUCACCUUCCUGGCAUAAGUAGAUUGCAUGAUGAGAGCAUUUACUCCACUACCCACUACUUUAUCUUUAUGCGGUGACAUUUAUUCUGUUACAUCAUCUACACCAAGGCCUCCACCCACAUGUAACCUAUUCUUUAAUUGGAACUGUACUCCUUGAAUCUACCAGGUAUCUUUGUGUUAUUGUGGACUUUGCUGUGGUCUGUGGUUGGAGGGAGCACACAUCCCUGUACUGAAGGUUCUGGGCACCCUUUGUCAGUAUUGCCUCGCACUUCAACCUAGAUGCUGCUGCUGCUGCUGCCUCUUCUCUCCCUUCCCUUCACCUCAUAGCCUUGUGAAGCACUCAGGGCUAAGUGGCUGUCCUCACCCUUACAACUUAAUGGCUCCACUGUAACUUUAUUCCGUCUGUCCAGGUUUAAGUUAAGCUUCACCGCGCUCCAUGCAGCAACCACCAAUUUGAGUGCAUUCUUUCCCCGAACAAUUACAAAUCAAAUAAAUAUAAGGCGGUGAACAGGGAUCCAAGGUGUUUAUAACUAAUGAUGUAUAUCUUAAGGGAAAGGAGCUUAAGUUCUGUUCACAAAGACAGACUACAGCAGAAUGUGAUUAGAUACACGAUUGUCACAGUACACGGCACACUCAGGUGUAGUACAUUCACUGAAGCCACAUAGGUAGUUUUACCUGCAAUGGUCUCUUCAUGAGCCUCGGAUUAUUGCCAGAGAUGGUCACUAUGCCUCGUGUGCUGCUUGGAGUUGUGGUUCUUACUGUUUCGAGACUCUGAUCCUCUUCUCUGCAAGCACACUCACUCGCUAUAAUAUUGAACAUAGCACAAGGUCAAACUCAGAAGGCAGUCUGCCCAUCUUUCACAACCACAGUGAUACUUUUAAGGAAAUCCAUAGAUGUGAUAAAGGAAAAUACAUUAACUUACUGUUUAGUUAUAGAUCUUUGCUAACUGUGAGGAGUGUUAGAUUGUUGAAAGGAGUGUCAAGAGUUUUACUAAAGAGAUUUAGAUCUGUUUUUCCCCUGAGCUUAAAAUGCAUAGUUGGAAAGAGGAGUCCCAGGAUACAUUAUUAAAGCCUCUUAGCAGUAGGAUAUCAUGUAAUAUAAUUGUAACAGAAUCAGCACUUAUCAACACAACAGAUUAUGGUGGACUCAUUUGAAAUUUAUAAGUGCCUGUUGAGAAGUUAGUCUUGACAUUAUUCAUGUAUACACUUAAAACACACACAUGUCUGUCCACUUUCUUGGUAGAUUCAUGGUAGGUAGGCUCAGAAUCAGUUUUUCAUUCUCCACAUGUGACACACAAAUGUUUGCACUAUUGAAGUGAUAAGCACUAACAUCACCAAAUCUUAUUCCUGUUAAUAGAAAGAACUUGCUAAUGAGCUUAUAUCCUAAGAGGCUGUAAUAGUGUGUGAUGGGAGCCCUGACUGUGCCUGUUCAUAUAUUAUUGACAGCAUCAGGGACACCAUGAAACAUGCUGUUAUCAAGAGUUGUAGUGUUCAGUCAUGAACAAGAUGUCAGUUCUGAGAUAAUAAAUAAUAAUGACAGUUG